AAAAUCGAAUGUCAAGUGUGUCAAAUCCAGCUGUUUUCUAUGAACUGCGUUGAUCAGUGCACACGUUUCGAAAUAAUAACUCGGUGAAUAAGACGUUCACUUUUAUUAGUGUGACGGAGAGUGUAUUAAACUGUGUGUCUUCGAAGGUGUUUAGAAGAAAUGGCACAAUCACCCGCAGCUGUAGCACCGCCGAAGGAGCGCUAUGUGCCGAACGCGCUUAAAUUCGCUUUCGGCGGCCUUGCCGGCAUGGCAGCAACAUGCGUUGUUCAGCCACUUGAUUUAAUCAAGACUCGGAUGCAACUGAGCGGAGGCAGUCGGACUUCAUUCGCAGUGGCCGGGGAGAUCAUAGCUCGCGAAGGGUUUGUGUCCCUGUACACCGGUCUUUCUGCCGGGUUGUUGAGACAAGCGACUUACACUACCACACGCCUGGGAGUUUACAAUUACCUCUUUGAUGCCUAUAAAGAGCGAAAUGCAGGUGCGGCUCCAGGUUUUGGCACCAAGACCCUGUUGGGUGUGGCUGCUGGGUCCAUAGGUGCCUUCGUGGGCACCCCAGCUGAAGUAGCUCUCAUCAGAAUGACAGCCGAUGGCAGACUUCCAGUGGAACAGCGAAGGAAUUACAAGAAUGUUGCUGAUGCUCUAAUCAGGAUAGUAAGAGAGGAGGGAGUUCUGAAGCUAUGGCGCGGAGCCACCCCUACCGUUGGACGAGCGAUGGUGGUCAACGCGGCCCAACUCAGCACGUAUUCACAGGCUCGUGAGAUGUUCGUGGGCUAUGUGCCCGACGGCAUCGCGUUACAUUUCUGCGCGUCCAUGGUGUCUGGUCUUAUCACCACCAUUGCGUCUAUGCCCGUAGAUAUCAUUAAGACUAGGAUACAAAAUGCGGCUAAAGGCCAGAGUCAAAUAGGAGUUGUGACGUCACUUCUGAAAAACGAAGGAGUUUUGUCUCUAUGGAAAGGUUUCUUACCAUACUAUGCCCGACUUGGACCUCACACAGUGCUGACUUUCAUAUUCCUCGAGCAACUGAAUGCGGCUUACUUCAGGAUGUCGUAAUAAUAGGAUUUAAGGAUAAAAUCGCUCAGGACCUGACUCAAGAUUCAAGCAAUACCUAAAAUAAGAUUCAACCAAUCAAAUGGCUCCAAUCGUAUGCUCAACGCAACAUCGAUACUGGAAUAUCGAUAUAAAAUACAGGCGUCGCUUUUAUUAAGUUCAAUAACGGCCAUUCCCAAUAACCUAUCUGGUGUUAUGGUUACUAGAGAAAGGAAUUUGACAAGACUUGUACGAGGCUACUGUCAAGAUUCUAUCUUUAAUAAGCAAUCUAUAGAUAGAUCGAUUGAUCGAAUAUUGGGAACGGGGUAAGUAAAUAUUUGUCCCAGAUAGCUGAUAUCGCCAAUAUUAUGUAAUGUAUGAAUAAGUGCUUACUUAAGCGUAUCACAAUACAUCAUGUUAAUAUAUAUUUUUUGUAAAUACGAUUGCACUUAUCGAUUUUAUUAUGAUCACUCGAUUAUGAUUGCGUCAUAUUGUUUGUAGUGUAUUAAGGGAAAGUGAAAAU